UCAAACAACAACGGGUUGUUAGCCGCGUCGAGUCCCUUUCCCCAUUCAAUCGUUUGUUUCAUUCAAAGCGCGGUCCGACGGUUUUCUUUCUUUCGACGGGUGUAGUGGGUCGUCUCGCACAGGGCACAAUAGAGGAAAAGCAACAAGGGUGGCAAUAAAAAAGCACACACCAAGACGACCCAGACGACGACGGUGCUGGAACCGAAAACCGACGCGGCUCGUGAAGAAUAAACGUUGGCUGGAAAACGCCAGAACGCCAUUUAAUAGAACGGGGAAAAUAGUACCUUUGCUGGGUCCAGUUCGCCAGCCGUCAGCGAGCGCUACAAGGAUCGCACGGGUUCAGUUGUGGUUGCUGGAAAAUCGGGGUGGCAAGCAAAGCGAGAAAGGAAAAACAGCACAUGAAACUUCCAGCCUUAGUAAGGUGACCGGAUGCAGUAAUACACGUCUGUCGGGAACGAACGAUUGUCGCGAGUUGCUAGGGAAAUUCGGUGGCUCCUCAGAGUCGGAAGAAUCCUGCUGUAAAAGGGUGUGGGGUUUUCCACACAGCAAUCAGUGUACUACCCACCCUUUCGUCCUCGUCAACUGCAGGUGUUUUCUUCACUUGUUGUGUGUGCGUUGCUGCUGCUUCUGCUGCAGUAUUAUUGCUGGUGCGUGCAUGUGUUUCUGUGUAGGAAUGUGCUGAGUGUGUGUGUGCGUAUUGCGACAAGUGCGUCAACGAUUGUGUGUUGAGCCGAAUCAGGGAGGAAAAAUAGGUGUUCCAGAUUUUGCCGGGUGCUGUUUUGUUUGAUUUUGCGUUUUUGGUGUGAAACUUUUUUCGUGUGCCGUUGGUUUCGCCCACCGAGCGGUGGAAAGCUCUGGUGAAGAAAAAAAAAAAAAUCAAGUGUGAAAUCGUCCAUCGUCUGUCAGAUGUUUGAUGGCGACCGUGUUUUGACGUCGAAGGAAGAAGGAUCGAAAGGAUAUUAGCAGCCGUCUCGUGCAUCUCAGGCAGCCGGCCGUUCCGUAGACAACCCGGCACCCCAACCCUUGGGGCAAUCUGUGUUCCAGCUGAUUAGGACGUAUUCGUCCACAUCGCAUAAAGCACUCGCAAGUUUGAACGCUCGCAGGAAGACGACGAAGACGCCGCCGCCCUCGAACACCGCAACAAGCAUCCUCCCGCCGGGUAUGGAAGAAUGGACAACGAACAGCCACACCAGGAGCUGGUAAAGUGUGUCCUCGUCGGAGAUACGGCCGUCGGGAAGACGCGGUUGAUCUGUGCCCGGGCCUGCAACAAGCACGUCUCGCUAUCCCAGCUGCUCAACACGCAUGUGCCAACCGUCUUUGCCAUUGACCAGUACCGGAUCUACAAGGAUGUCCUCGAACGAUCGUGGGAGAUUGUGGACGGAGUUAAUGUAUCGCUACGGCUUUGGGACACCUUCGGCGAUCACGACAAGGAUCGCCGGUUUGCAUACGGACGAUCGGACGUCGUGCUGCUAUGCUUUUCGAUAGCGAAUCCCGUCUCGCUGCGUAACUGUCGCGCCAUGUGGUAUCCGGAGAUUCGGAAGUUUUGUCCCGACACGCCCGUCAUACUGGUCGGGUGCAAGAAUGAUCUGCGGUACAUGUACCGCGACGAAACGUAUCUGUCCUACUUUGGCGAGCGAAGCCCCUUCGUACGGGCAGCGCGCAAAUCGGACCUCGUAAUGCCGGACGAGGCACGGGCCGUGGCGAAGGAGCUGGGCGUUGCCUACUACGAGACGAGCGUGUUCACGUACUUUGGCGUGAACGAGGUGUUUGAGAAUGCGAUCCGGGCGGCAUUGAUUGCGCGCCGCGAGCAUCGCUUCUGGAUGACCAAUCUGAAGCGUGUUCAGAGGCCGUUACUACAGGCCCCAUUCCGACCGCCGAAACCUCCACCGCCGGAAGUAACCGUCAUUACCGGCACGCAUACGAAGGACAUGCUUAACAUGUUCAAUGCCCAGUGCUAUACAGAUCUAGUAUUAAUUGUCGGUACUAUCCGUUUUUCCGUACAUAGAUUUAUGUUAGCUAGUAGUUCUAAUGCAUUUCAUAGGUUAUUAAUGAUGGACAUCAGUGACAUUGGUGCAAGAAGCAGCAGCGAGUCGAGCAUGGUUAGCUCGACGUUCGGUGAAUCGACGACGGCCGAUUUUAACGAGGACACCGAGUGUCUAAUCCGGCUCGAGCAGAACAAGGUGGCUCCCAAUCGCAUGUGGGAACAGCUGAAACGACGAUCCAGCUAUCAGGCAUUGCCAACGGUGGAACCGAAGAAAGAUCUCUAUCGGGAGCUGCAUCAUCCCGUGUUUCAAAGUAUUAGAGUAUUCCAGAUUGAAAGUGGAAGACAUAGCUACACGCAAACGCAGACGGUCGUGCAGAUUAGCAAGGUGAUCACCCCGCAGGCGAUGCAACAGUGCUUGAAGUUCAUCUAUACGGGCACGAUCGAUCGGGACUGUCUAGAUUUGCAGACUGCAUCGAUAGGAUUGAUACUGGAAAUACGACAGGCGGCAGAGUUUCUGGAACUACCCCAGCUGAUGGUGCUGCUCUCCAAUACGCAGGCGAAUCAAAGCUUCAUGAACGAUGAAACGAUUCAACACUAUUCAACGUGCAUGAAACAAAAUUUGGAAAAAUAUUGUGUUCAGAACGGUAUCUUCGGUGAUAUCACGUUCGAGCUGGACGAUGGCCACAUGAAGGCCCACCGUGCCAUGCUGGUCGCGCGCUGUGAUGUGAUGAAGGCGAUGCUGAACGGUGAUUUCCGCGAAGCGCAUGCCAAUUUGAUCGUACUUCCCGGUGUGACGGAAUACACCUUCCACAAGCUGCUGUGCUAUCUGUACACCGACGAAAUACCGCCCAUCUCGGCGGACAAAUGUCUCAACCUGCUCGAGCUGGCGAACCGGCUGUGCUUACCGCGGUUGCUUAAUCUGGUCGAGUGUCGUGUGAUUGAGGAUUUGUUGCGCAUGUCGCAGAACGAAACGAGCGAGGCGGUCGAACACUGCCUGCGGUUGCUUGAGCCGGUGAAGCUACACAACGCACACCAGCUGGCGGAAUGGUGCAUGUCGUAUCUGUGCGUUAACUACAACAGCAUCUGCCGGCUGUCCCCGCGCAGCCUGAAAAGCCUCCAUCCCGACAAUCAGGACUAUCUGCGGGAGCAUCGUUGGCCACCGGUUUGGUAUCUGAAGGAUUACGACUACUAUCAGCGCUGCAUGAACGAGCUCAGUCGGGAGCUGAACAAUGGCAAAAAAGACUGUACAGCGGACGAUAAGGGGUGCCUGUGCUUCUCGGGUGUGUUUUUCUGGCUAUUAGGAAAAUCGAAACGAUCGGCCGCGACGGCAAAGUCGGCCAUCCAGGCGUCCGGCAAGGGGUCGGCGGGCGCGGCCGGCAAUGAUCAGCAGGACGCGGUUAGCACCAGCCUCUUCCAAUCGAACGCCAACUCGGUCAACCAGCUCGAUCCGGAACACGACGCCGGUGACCUUUGACAUCCAGCCGACGGCCCGUGGAGAUCGCUCCGCUUCAUCGUCAUCCUGCCGGUGCUUAUCUGCUUCAUCUGCACGAUCCUCAGCAUCCUGAUCAUCUUCCAGAUCUACACAUAAUAUUUGCUGCAACGGUAGCCACCGUUAGACGGCUAUUGACGACCAUGGUAAAGAGUGCGUAAGAGAGAGAGAGAGAGAGAGAGAGAGAGAGAGAGAGAUUGUCCCUGCUUUAUUCCCCUCGGUCUAGAAUGCAUCACAAACCCCAAAAUUUGGAGUUAGAGCAAGGAGCCCUAACACCAGGAGCAAUAAGCAGCCCUUCCGGUGUUGAUUAUUUCCUUUCAUACAUUAAUCAUGCAAACACACGGGUCCGUCGUGAAUAGUGAGUAUAGGAGCGUGUCAGUAAUACCACACAUACACAGUAACUCGUCACCCGUUUCAGAGACGUUUCAUCUCUGACGACACACUGUGACCUGGUACACCUCUCAGGAGAUUACACAAGCUUUUUUUUUUUUAAAUCGGGCACUCCCUGUAUUGUCCGGAUUGUCCUUCCGUUUCGUUUAGGGCGCCCAACUGUGUCUAUUUAUCAAUUUGUGCUAACAAGCAUUUGGACGCUUUUACUGUGGUGCCGGAAGUGAAAUGAUAAUGAAUCGACGACUAUGAGCGAUAUCGGUACCCCGGAGCCGGAGUCGCGUAGAAAAUAUAUUAUUUUCUAAUUCUUUCCCUAUCGAGAAACACAACUGCUGCAUCGAUUGGUUUAGGGUCGAAUGAAGGUAUUUGCAUUUUUAUAUUCACGGUGCGAUCGAUGCAUUCCACAGUGGCAUUAACGGAAGCGUAAAGAAAAGCCAAAACGAACAAACACUUUAAUCGGUUUAAAAUUCAAACAAAAGCAAGUAUGCUAGUUAAAUGAAUUUUGUGUUAGUUACAGUAAGAAGGGGUUCAUCUCUUCGGAACACAAUUAAUCAUCACACACACUUCCAGCAAACACAAGCUUCAAGAAAUUCAAAUCAGACAUGUAAAAGUGGCAAAAACAGCAAUAUUGUUGUUGUGUUUAUUUUAUUUUUGGUGCAUUUUUUUCCCCCAUUUUGUUUUAAGCUUCUUCUUUUUUUUGCGAUUAGUUUACGUAAGUAGGGUAACAAGCAAUUGAAGAGUAAACAAAAAAAAUUAACAAUAUGUGAAAAGAUUAUACACCUUUUCCUAGCGACAACACGCGAUACGUAAUACCAAGGGGUGGACUUGCAAUAAAAGUCGUUUUAAAAAGAGUGCAAAUAGCAACAACA